GGAGAGAGAGAGAGAGAGAGAGAGAGAGAGAGAGAGAGAGAGAGAGAGAGAGAGAGAGAGAGAGAGAGAGAGAGAGAGAGAGAGAGAGAGAGAGCGAGAGAGAGGGACUGAGCGUCACCGAGCGAGGGAAGGGAGCGGGCGAGCGGAGGAAAGAGCGUUCCAGCGACGAAACGCACAGUUGCUCGCAGGAGAGCGGAGAGGCUGCACGGUUCUUCGCUCCCGCUCCGCUUGACGCACGCACACCGACGCUGCCUCUUUUGGGAAACCUCGUGUGGUCCUCGCCGCAAUCCCGGGUUGUUCUCGGGACUGUUUGAUAAGAGGAAACUACAUGGCACUGCUUUUAAAUUCCUGAAUCACGUGCGCUUUUGCCAAAUAAAUGCACUUGGAAAGUGAACCAGUGUAAACGCAUUGGGAAUAUUGUAGCGACCCGGAGAGAGGAAGGUUUCCUUGACUUUUUUUUCUAGAUUUUGUCAAACUUAAUGGUUUUCGGCCGAUAUUUCUUCAUGGUUUCAACCUAUGAUUUACGCUUUAUUUUUAAUUUCUUAUUUCGCCAGCUGAUCGGGUUCAAAACCUCCCUGCGCCUUUAGACUGACUGUGGGACUUUGCGCACCGAAAUGGGUUUCGCGUCUAAAAAAAUGCGUUUGUACAUCAACCUGCGCUAAUUUCUGGCGCAAUCGCGCAGACUGAGCGGGGUUUCCACGAGAGAAGAAGCGGUGUCACACUCCGACACAGUGCACCAGAACAGUAAGCAGCGUGAUUUUGUCGGACAGCCCGGCGAACGCACCUCCGCGCUCACAGUGGAUUUGGACGCGUUGCGCUUAAAAGACAGAAAACUGUGGAAAAUAAGAGUUUUGGGGACCGGAGCUUCGUCUCAAAUAGACUUUCAAACGGAGUGGAGCAGGUGAUCUUUCUCCACACUCGAAGGGGAAAGAUGGACUUAUUCAUAUGGCUCUGUGGAUGUUUACUGGCUUUUCUUUUGCCCAUCGUGGCCGAAGCAGAGGAAGGAGCGUCUGAGACAUGUGGCGGCUACCUGGAUGCUAGCGACGCCGGCUACAUCACCACCCCCGGCUACCCGCUGGAGUACCCGCCGCACCAGAACUGCCACUGGGUCAUCACGGCGCCGGAGCCCUCGCAGCGCAUCGUCCUCAACUUCAACCCGCACUUCGAGAUCGAGAAGCUGGACUGCAGGUACGAUUACGUAGAGAUCCACGAUGGAAACUCUGAGACGGCCGACAUACUGGGGAAGCACUGCAGCAACAUCGCCCCCGCGCCAAUUAUAUCGUCAGGCCCUUCGCUCCACAUCAAGUUCGUGUCCGACUACGCCCACCAGGGGGCGGGCUUCUCUCUGCGCUACGAAAUCUUCAAAACUGGUUCUGAUUGUUCCCGUAACUUCACCAGUCCCUCGGGUCUCAUCGAGUCUCCGGGUUUCCCCGACAAAUACCCCCACAACCUAGAGUGCUCCUUCAUCAUCGUCGUCCCGCCGAGCAUGGACGUCACCCUCACCUUCCUCACGUUCGACCUUGAGAACGACCCCCUGCCGGGCGGAGAGGGCGACUGCAAGUACGACUGGCUGGAAGUGUGGGACGGGCUCCCGGGAGUGGGGCCCCUGAUUGGUCGAUACUGUGGGACCAGAGUGCCUCCCGAGAUCCAGUCAUCCACCGGGAUCCUGUCUCUGGCCUUCCACACCGACAUGGCUGUAGCCAAAGAUGGCUUCUCGGCACGCUACAACAUGACGCACAAGGAAGCCAGCGAAACCUUCCACUGCAGCAGCGCCUUUGGGAUGGAGUCGGGCAAGAUCACGGACGACCAGAUCACGGCGUCGUCGUCCUUUUACGACGGACACUGGAUGCCACGACAGGCCCGGCUCAACUACAACGACAACGCGUGGACCCCGACCGAUGACAGCAACAGGGAGUACAUACAGGUGGACCUCCACACCCUGAAGGUGCUCACGGGCGUCGCCACGCAGGGCGCCGUUUCCAAGGAGACUCAGAAAACCUACUACGUCACCACCUUCAAACUGGAGGUCAGCACCAACGGAGAGGACUGGAUGGUCUACAGACACGGCAAGAACCACAAGGUUUUCCACGCCAACACUGAUCCCUCCGAGGUGGUUCUCAAUCGGAUCCCGCAGCCGGUUCUGGCCCGCUUCGUCCGACUGAGGCCCCAGACGUGGAAGAACGGCAUCGCCCUGCGGUUCGAGCUGUACGGCUGUCAGAUCACAGACGCUCCCUGCUCCGAGCUGCAGGGCAUGUUGUCUGGACUGCUGCCGGACUCCCAGAUCUCCGCGUCCUCCAUGAGGGACAUCCACGGCUCCAUGGGGGCGUCCCGGCUGGUGGCCAGUCGCUCGGGCUGGUUUCCCAACCCGACACAGCCCAUCGUUGGAGAGGAGUGGCUGCAGGUGGACCUCGGCGUGCCCAAGACAGUGCGUGGCAUCAUUACCCAGGGUGCAAGAGGGCUGGAGGGAAGCACCAGCGCGGAGAACCGAGCGUUCGUCAGGAAGUACAAACUGGCCCACAGCCUGACGGGCAAAGACUGGACCUACAUGACUGACAGCAAGACCGGCUUCGCCAAGAUCUUCGAGGGCAACAGCCACUACGACACCCCGGAGCUGCGGAGGUUUGAUGAAAUCGUGGCCCAGUUCAUCAGAGUCUUUCCGGAGCGGUGGUCCCCCGCUGGGAUCGGCAUGAGGAUGGAGGUCCUCGGCUGCGACCUGCCAGAGACCUCCACCAUAGCUGACACGGUGACGCCCACGCUGCCCAGAGUAGAGCAGACCACCGCUGCACUGAGACCCGCCACCACGCCGUCCCUGUCCGCCGUGUGUGACUUCGAGCAGAGCCUGUGCGGCUGGUCGGCCGAUCCCCAGUCGGGCGUGAGCUGGUCCCUGCACGCGGCCAGUUCGGCCGGACAGGGGGCGCGACAGGACCUGGUGCUGGGAUCAGACAGUCUGUCAGGGAACUACCUCCACGUGGAUGCGGGCGGCCACACCCAGCGCAAGCGCGCCCGCCUCCUGAGCCCCGAGGUGGGACCGGAGCAAGGCCCGCUGUGCCUCGUCUUCUACUACCAGAUUCAGGGGGAGGCGCUGGGCAGCCUGCGAGUCCUGCUGAGGGACUACGAACAGGAGGAGACGCUGCUGUGGGCGCUGAAGGGAGACCAGGGGCCCCACUGGAGGGAGGGCCGCACCAUACUGCCACAGAGCCCCAAGGAGUACCAGGUCGUGUUUGAAGGGUUUUUUGAGCACCCGACCAGGGGCCACGUCAGAAUAGACAACAUCCACAUGAGCAGCAGCCUGCAGCUGGAGCAGUGCACGCAGCCUUUACCCGCCUUAACUCCUGGGAUAAUCAGGGGUGCCGUGUCUGGAAGGAAGCCCACAGUAGACACAGUGGUGGCAGAGCCCGUCCCUGCCUACUGGUACUAUAUGUUGGCGGGAGGCGGCGCCCUCUUGCUGCUGGCCAUUGUGACAGUGGCGGUGGUACUGUGCUGCCACCGGUACCACUGGGCCACCAAGAAGACCAGCAGUGCCCACCACCACUCGGUGCUGUACCACAACAGUCAACACCCGAAUCUGCAAGUCCACCAGAACUGCUACCAGAACCAAAACCUCAGCUAUAAUCUGAUACACAGCCCCAAUCAGAAGCACCUGUACCCAGGUGGCGGGACGAGCCUCGAACCCAUGCUCACCGUCAAACUGGAGAAAGAUGACAGCUUUGAUUGUCAGUGUUGAACCAGCUGGACUGACACAGCUCCGUUACAAUGAUCUGCGCUGAGGAGAUGCUGAACCUCUGGUUGCUUCUGAUUGAUCUGAGUGGCCAGGGUGGACUUUUUCUAACCUUCCUUGUUGGCUGGAACUGGUGAAAGUACAUCUACGGCUAAUGGUUACUAGCCUCCUUCACUGGGAAAGCAGAAGGGGGAAGUCUGACAGCUGAACAGAAUGUUACAGUGGAGUUGCUUUAUGGUUUUUGGAAAAGGGGAUGUUGAAUUUUCCAUCUGCGUCAAAACCUAAAAUAAGAUUAUUAUGACGUGACUGACAACAAAGUCACAGAUAUACUGAGAAAUUGACUGUGGACGUGACAUAUGUACGUUGUAUAGUCUGCCCUGCACUGAUCUGCAGCCUGGACACUGCCUGCCUCCAAAUGCCCUGUCUGACAGUGAAGGGAUUUACACACAGAUCGAGGGGAAACACACUGUGACUGUGCGCUGCAUAGAGAGAGACAGAGAGAGAGAGAGAGAGAGAGAGAGAGAGGAAGUUAUUUGUUUGGGCCUGAAUGAAGCUGCAGUGUGUUUGUCCACCAGCCUUUGAGUGACACACACAGAUUAGGAACGCAGAAGCAGAGGUGAGGGGAGAAUUAGUGCUGCCCAUUCAGCCCACGGCUGAUAGACAGCUGCACACGUGGGCCGUGUAGCCUCUAGAAUCAAACUUGUGCUUUUCCUCAGUCCAGUGACCUACAUGUCACGCAUACCUGCUGCACACACACACACACACACACACACACACACACACACACACACACACACACACACACACACGCAUGCACACACACACACGCACAAUUAUACACACUCCCACACACAUGCACGGACACUUCAAGACUUUCAAAGCCUCAUAUAGUUUUGGUUACUUACCUAAAUAUACUAUAUACUGCUGGGUUGUUUCCAUGCGCUUCAAGAGGUUAAAUAAGAGUACGGACUCUAUAGUUUGCUGCCUGUGUCUGUUAAUGUUCAAAUGAAACAUCUUUCAUUUUCCUGCAUACAGGGCUGGGUGAAUGUAACCAAUUAAAAACCCAUAAUUGUAUGUAUUAUGAAUGUGAAUGAGCACAGGUGUGUGUUAUUGAGGAUUACGUUCAAAAACCCACUGGCCUGAAUGACGUGAGACCAAACGUCACGGAGCGAGUCUUACUUUGUUAUUUCAUUCACUGAUGUGUUUGUGUGCAGCGCUGCUUUUUUGAUGACCUGUUUAAAUGUGUACAUACUGUAUCGAGUUUUAAGUGAAGCGCAUUCUGAUGAGUUGCGCUACACUUUAUUUUGAAAUCUUGAGAGCUCUUCAUUUAUUGUUCAUUUGCUGGAUGUUGAUUUCUUAAAUUUGACUGUGAAGAGUUUAGCCGAUGUUUUGAUUAUGAAUUAAUUACCAGGUUUUUCCUUUGUUGUUCAAUAGAACUACAUGUGUUUCUUGUGUACAAUAGUCAUACAAUGUUUAUUUUUAUACUUAUUAACCAUAUUGAUUGGAGAUCUUAACUUUUGUUGAGUCAUGUUGGAGUGAACAAGAAACGUGCAUCUUUCAACUUAAGCAUUUCAUUUUAUCUAAAUUAGGACAAAAAGUGAAACAAUCAUGUGUUUGAUUAUUAUGCUGUAAAACUGUAAUUAUUCACACACUGUACAUGUGUACGUACCAUUGACAUAGUUACUUUUUCUUGUGCUCCCACUCAUUCUGUUCAUGUCCAAAUCCUCCAGCUCCCUUUUCUUAUAUCAAAAUCUGCCUGUUCCCCUCCUCAAACAGUAAAUCCUCCCAGUAAAAACACAGGAGAGAAAAUGGUGGAGGGCAAAAUCUCUCAGAGGAGAAGGGCCCAUUACACGAGCCCCUUUUCCCUCCUUAGAACGUGCCCAGGGAUGGAGGGAGAUGAAAGAAGUUAAAAAAAAAAACUCCUCUGGAUUCUUUCUAAAGAUAGAUUUUUUUUUCUGAGAGGAAGGCUAAGAGGGAGGCAGGUUGGAGUUUGUAUUGAAGGAGGGAGAGAAUUGAAGGAGGAGGGCAGGUUGUUUCAAACACAACAGCAGAUGAAAGAGGCCUUUUGGUGGAAUAGACUGUGUGACGGAGAUGCACUGCACACAAACCGGCGUUGGAUGGAAAAAAGACACCCCGAUUUCGAAGGCGCUAUCACAUUCAGGGCUUUAAAUCAUCUUCACGCCCCCCGUUUUGACUUGUUCUCACCAUAUUGCGACUCGUAAACUACGCUUUCUGCUUUAGUCAACAAGUAUCAUUUUGUGCAUGCAUAUCCAUUUUCCCGCCUCCCAGAGCCCCUCCUCCGUCCGCUCCAAUCGACUCGUGAGUGAUUUACACAUCAUACGACUCUGCGCUGUAACCUAAUCAAUGUGGGGCUGAAAUUCUAAUGGAGAAAUGAUGCACGGCUGUAUUUAUGUUGUGCUACCCUUGCAUUUUUGUCUUUCUCUCUCUCUCUGUCAAACUUUUUGCAAGAUUUGGAAAAUGUGCUGGCAUCUCUUCCUGCGGCACUUUCAAAUCAGCCUCCCCUCACUUCCCUCUCUGUUCUCCAUCACAGACUACUUUGAAGCCCUUUAAUAUUUCUAAUUAGUUAAUGGAGCUGAUUGAAUUCAUAAAGCCCUGCAGUAAGCACUUUUAACCCUCAAGCCAACCCCCCCCCCCCCCCCCCCCCUUUCCAUCUCUCCCUCUCAUUCCUGGAGAAAUAUUAUGAGUGAAUGCGCUCUAACAGGUCCUCCGGCCCCCACUGGAACAGCAUAUGGUGCCAAAGAGCCGUCCAUGCCUUGCCUGAAUAAAAAAGCCCCCUUUUCUUAAUUCUUCCCUUUACUAAUUGGAGAGCGGAGAUAAAAUGGGGCUAGAGGGAGUUUUAAUCUUCUUUCAGAUCCGCGUGAUGAUUCUUUCCCGGAUCCCAGCCCGAGGGCUUUAAGCCAGGAUCAUUAGGAAGUGCUCAGCAGUCGUCCAAAGAGUGUCCGAGCGGCUCUCGUGUUUUGUCAGGGCAGGAUUUCUGUGCGGCGUCGUUUUCUGUCUCUCGGGUGAUGAUUUAAUUUUUGGUCAAGUGAGAAACAAGAACUCAGAAGCAGAAAGCAAGUCUGAUUAGAAGCCUUAACGUGCACUGCAGCUGAUUUAAGUGUUACUGGGGUCAACUGUGUUCCGUGUUUUACUUAUAACUAAUGCCCGUUCAGUAACUGCAUCUCCUUUGCACUGAACAUAACAUGGUCUUAAUCUGCAGGCAGCUGAAGGCUAACACGCGUUGGCUACUUUUUGACCGCCUGCACCGUCCUUCCCUCCUUUUCUCUUAUUUAUUGCGUUUCAUCCUCACGUUAGGGCUGAAGUCACAAGUAGAUUAAAAAAAUGCUUCGAUUGUGCAAUUCUUGAACGAAUCAGUGACUUUGCUUGGAUUUGUUCUUCAUUCAAUUCAGAAUAUUUUUUGUGUGAAAAGAAAAAACAAUGCAGCUUGUAGUAAAACCGAGUUUGAAGUAGUGCAAUACUUGUUAAACUCUCAUUUGAGUAUUUUUUUAGCAGAGAUGCGAUGUUAUAUGACAUACAGUAGCUUCUCUUUACGCUGUCAGCGUCUCCCAUGACAUUCUGACACCAGUGCAGCCAGAAAAGGUUAAAUCCUCUCACAGACCGGGCGAUUGGACAUUGUCACAUUUUCUGCUCAUGCUACAGCUACUGUAGCAUAGCUAUUACUUCUAAUUUUGCACACUUUUCCCUUUUGUUUAUUAUCUGCUUUUGUUUUGAAGGUCAAUUUCUGUUGAUUUCAUGGAAAUGACUUGCAGUAAAUGCAUUUAAAGCUAAAGUUUGAGGCAGAGGAGUAUUGGGACUUUGUAAAGGCUUUUGUAGAAAUUAUAAUAGGGAGAUGUCACAUGUCUAAAUUGUCUCAGAUAAAUGACUCUAUCUAACUGAGGAAAUGAGGCUCUAUAUCUUUUUUUCAUAUCUACUAAAUUAGUUUUUCACCUCUUAUCUCUUCAAUAUCUAUUAUGGUUUCACUUCAUAAUGUGUUUUUGGUUACUUUGCCCCAGCAAUAAAUUGUUAUCAGCUGCCCAGAUGUCACACUGCUCCUUUUUUUUCCUCCUGGGGCAUGUAAUAUCAAUUUCCUUGAAUAAACCUGGAUUGAAGAAGAUUUGAGCUUCCAAGCCCUUCAAAGCCUUGCACUCUGGCUGGCCUCAGAAAUAUUAAGUGGUAUUUUAGCUUGUUGAAUUCCAUGGUCUUGAAACAAAGAGAAAUAUAUUGUGGGGAAUGUGACGGUAAUAAAGGUGAUAUUUUUCUAUGAA